AUGGGCGUGGCCAGCGAGGUCACCGUCCAACAACCAGCUACUGACCUCGACGUCAACGCACAGAAUGUCGAACUCUCUGUCGUUGAGUCUAGUUCUUCAAUUGGUGUUCCUCUCGAAAGGAUUGACACCAAUCCCAAUGGAAGUCGGCCUGCUUGCUUCAGCAGCCUUUUGCAGGAAGUUCUAUUUGUCCUGACGACCACCGUCGCGGUGGGACAAAGCUCCAUAUUCACAGGAGCGCUGCUGUGCAUGACCAGCUUCAUCGGCAGAGACCUGAAUAUGACAGCUGCUGAGGUGACAUGGUUAAGCGCCGCGCAGACGCUCUCUGCCGGCACGUUUCUGCUGUUCUUCGGUCGCGUCGCCGACCUUUUCGGCAGGCGAAUUUUGUUCUUGGUGAGCAUUGGAUUUUUCAGCAUCUGCCUUCUAGUAGCUGGAUUUGCCACGAAUGCGGUCUAUAUGGACGUGUUCUGCGGAUUGGCAGGCUUGAGUUCGGCUGCAUCGGUUCCGCCGGCCAUUGGGAAGUUAGGUGCAGUGUACGAGAAGCCUUCACGGCGGAAGAACCGAGCCUUCGCCUGUUUCAGUGCUGGAAAUCCAGUGGGGUUCGUGCUGGGCGCGUUCAUCGCAGGAGUGACGAUGGAAGUCUCGACUUGGAGGACGGCGUUUUGGGCCAUGUCAGUCAUGUAUGCGUUCUUCUUCGUCGCAGCUUGGUGGACCACGCCACCCGACACCGAGCAACAGCUUGGAGGGUUCAAUGUUGCCACAUUUGUCAAAUUCGACGUCCUUGGAGCUCUGCUCGCCGUCGUGGGAGUGGCCAUGUUCACAGCUGCGUUGACUAUGGGUGGGGACACUACAGGUGGUUGGGGAUCGUCAUACGUGAUAGCCCUGCUGGUGGUGGGCGUGGUUCUGUCUGUGGGAUUUGUCUACUGGCAGAGCGUGUUUCGGUACCCUCUCAUGCCAUUGGCGGUAUGGCGCGAUCGCAACUUCAGCUUGGUGGUGAUUGUCCUGUCUCUGGGAUUUUACGGAUUCUCUGGCAAUAUGUUCUGGGCGUCACUUGCAUGGCAGCGGACUGAGGGUGUGUCUCCGUUGAUGGUCGCAGUACGGUUACUCCCCUCAGGAAUCGGCGGAAUCCUAGUCAACGUGCUUGCGGCUCUCAUCAUGCACCGAGUCAGCAAUAAGUCGAUCAUGCUCGUCGGAGCCGCGGCGCAUGUGGUUUCAUGUGCACUGUACAGCGCCACAUCUCGAAGUAUCUCCUACUGGGCAUUGUUCUUUCCGGCACAGUUGUUCGCGGUGCUCUCUCAGGAUCUAGAAUUCACGGUGACGAAUAUGUACGUAAUGUCGAGUCUUCCUUCGGACCAACAAUCGGUCGCAGGAGGGCUUUUCAAUACGGUCAUUCGUCUGGCGGCUACUGUGGGAAUUGGGAUACAAACCAGCAUCUACAACAGUGCCGGGGGGGAAGAAAACAACCGAUGGAGGCCAUAUCAAGCAACAUUCUGGGUGUCAUUGGUGGGAGGAGUGUUGGCAUUGGGAUUUGCACCAUUUCUGACUAUUGGUCGGCAGGGAAGUCGAAAGCAUCAGGAUUGA